AUGAGUACAGAUUUCAUCAGAGAAAACUUGAAGAAAAGAAAACAAAGAUACGAUGUUUGGCUGGAACUUAUUGAAGAACUAAAUGCUGCGCAGAAUAGGGCUGAUAAAUUCGAAGAGGAGAAAACGCAACUAGAAAAAGUCCUAGCCGAAGAAUCACGCUCAUCCCCUCGCGAAUCUGCAGUUUCUGGCGAAUCUGACUCUGUUAGAUCUGCGCGAAUUUCCCAUCUCGAGCAAAAAUGCUUCAAUCUCCAAGAAGAACUGACCGAGCUUCUCCGCUCGAAAGCGUCCACGGCCGAAGAAUUGUCGCGAAAAAAAGACCUCGUUUCCGAACUCGACGAUAAGCUCCGCCUUUUGCAAAUUGAAAAUGACGAGAAAAACAUGAAACUUCAAAAUUACCAAAACGGCGCGGAAAAUAGCGAAGAAGCGAUUCGCGAGCUAAAACGAAAUCAUCAAGUGCUUCUCGACGAACAUGCAGCUUUGCAGCUUGCAUAUUCGCAACUGGAAAAACAAAUCAGGGCGAGAGAGCAAAUAGCCGAAUACGCGAAUGCAGAAGCAAUAGCUGCCGCAAAAUUGAAGGAUUUGCAGAAAAAGAUCGACGCAGAAAAUCUGAUCCGAGACGCGACUAAAGGAGUUCUACCGGAUGCGAAAAUAACGUACACCGCUAGGAGCUCUCCGCCGAUCAAGAAGAUCAAUCAAUUCGAAGCUAACAAUGGAGAGGUCUUCGAGGUCAAGUUCAGUCCUGACGGGGCGCACUUGGCCACAGCUGGCGAAGACAAAUGUGUCAAUAUUUACAACGUCAGAAAUCCUGCUUCGAGAAUCGAAUCCCCUGUUCUCACACUAAAAGGUGCAAAUGCUGCUAUUACGAGUCUCAGUUUUUCAAAGAACAGAAGACACUUGUUGGGCUCGUCGAAUGAUCAAGCCGCGCGAGUUUGGGAUCUGUCCUCGGGCAAGAUUGUUCAGUCACUUACCGGCCAUCAGGGACCUGUAACUACAGCACGAUAUCUAACACAAAGCACGGCCGUGACAGGCUCACAAGAUCGUACAGUUCGACUUUGGGAUUUGACGAAAACCUCGUGCACAAAAACCCUCUGGCCUGGAUCAAAGUGCAUCGACGUCUGUAACGGUUCGAUGGACGGUUCACUCAUCAUGUCGGCGCAUUACAACAAACAAAUUCACGUGACGGACAUUCGAGCUUCGGCAAAAGAUGAAAAGCAAGUGAUCAGUUUGUCUGGUCGACCGACCGGUAUUGCUGUUCCAGCGGAUUUUGGUCAGUCGUUACUGGCAUUGACGCGAAACAACGACUUGGCGGUCAUUGAUCUAAGACAGAUGCAAGUGCGAAUAACACUCAGCGAUCUUCAGAACGACUUCAGAGUUACUGCUGAUUACUCAAGAUGUUCUCUUUCGCCUUGUGGAGGACUAGCACUGGCAACAGGUCAGGAUGGGCGAAUCUCCUGCUGGGACGUAAAUACAGGAAGACUACUCGACGGAGCAAAUGCCGAAUCCGCCGGAAAUCUCAUCUCAUGCGACUGGAGUUCCCGCCUCGUUGCCACUGGUUCCAAAUCAAAAACUGUCGUACUUUGGUCCGAUUAA